AUGGACUAUACAAUGUUGGUGCCUCCAUGGCUAGAGAAGCUCUUGGGCAUGACUUUUUUCGACACGUGUCGAGUUCACAGCGCGGCUGCUCGGAGCGAAUGCAAUAUGUUCUGUUUGGACUGCAACGUGAAUGCCUUUUGUAUUUACUGUCGUUCGUCUAAGCACAAAGAUCAUCAAGUUAUUCAGAUAAGGAGAUCGUCGUAUCAUGAUGUGGUGAGGGUAUCGGAGGUUCAGAGGGUUUUGGACAUAAGCGAUGUGCAGACGUAUGUGAUAAAUAGCGCGAGGGUUUUGUUCUUGAACGAGAGGCCUCAACCGAAAGGUGGAAAAGCCGUUUCGCAUUUGUGUGUGAUUUGCGGGAGGAGCCUCUUGGACACCUUUCGAUUUUGUUCUUUGGGAUGCAAGCUUAUUGGAAUAAAGAGCAAUGGUGAUGCAAGCUUUUGCUUAGAUGCAAAUAGUUAUGAGGCAUUAAAUCAAAGAGAGGAUCAUCAAGGGAUUUCAAGAAGAUUAUUGAACAAUAUGUCAUCAUCAUCAAGAGAAGAUGAAGAAUUUGGUGAGGGUUCACAAGAUAAUAUGUACCCUACCACACCAUCCCCACCUCUUAGUGCAAGAAGAAGGAAAGGCAUCCCUCAAAGGGCACCAUUUAGUUCUUAA